AUGAAUCGAGUUAUUCUUUUGUUGUUCGCAUUCUGUGUUACUGUAUCGUGUUUGGCUCUCAACAAUAAUAAGAAGAAGGAUCAUAUCGAUAUCGACAUCAAUAUUGAUGUUGAAGGUGGAAAGAAGCAUCAAGGAGGACAUGGAUCGCAUAAUGAUGAGCAAUGUAAAGAGCACACCAAAAAACCAACGCCCAAAGCAACUAAGAAGCCAACAACUGCCAAACCGAAAACAACUAAAAAGCUCCUUCCUGUAUAUGUAUGCCCAAAAGGAUUCACAAAAUUCAACAGAGCUACUCCGUGGUGUUUGAGGGUGAUCCAUAUUUUUUUUUUACUUUGAAAAAAAAUUUUCAAAUUUCAGACGGUAACCAGUAAGACAUCAAUUGCAAGUAAAGAUGCUCAGAAACUCUGCGCUUCUGUCAAAUCCAGUCUUUCAAACUUUGAAAAUCAACACGAGACAGAUACAAUUCUUGCGCCAUUAUAUAAAUUGAAAUCGAAUUUUUCGUUGACAGUUGAUGGUCGACGAGUUAAGCAAUGUAUGAAAAUCAAAACGAACGAUCAUAAAAGUCCGUGCACAAGGGAGAAAGUUAGUAAUAAAAUAGAAAUCAACUGAAAAUCGAUAUUUUUCAGACAUUCUCAUUCCCAAAUGCAAAAAAACAUACAAAUACAGCUUUUACAAUUAAAAACCUCAAUUCUGGUCAACCAGAUUCACAACAAAGAACAAUCAAGUACCGUAGUUUCUCUAGUUUACUUAAUUCUUAAAAUUAAUUUCAUGUUUCAUUUUCAGAGGAAAGUUCUAUAUUGAGGAUUGCUUAUCGAUUUAUAUUGCCAAAGGAACUUCAAUGGAUAAAAAAUAUAAUGAUAUUUUCUGCGACUUCGCUGUUUCUCCAGUUUCGAACCUCCCAAUCUAUCAAAGUCGUGGUGCACUUUGUGGAGUUGCUGCAACAAGAAAACGAUAA